CAUCAUGGAAGUCAAGUCUCCGUGAUUUGUUUGAAUACAUUUGUUAGGCUCUUAUGCUCAGAAGUUGCCAGUCACAGUCAUAGGUGACAACAACAUUCAGUCUAUGCUCGCCAACAUGACUUCUGAAGACAUGUGUCUGCACUAUCAGGGACUUCUGCUUCCUAAAGAAACUCACUCCUUACAGAGCCUGGAGUUUGCACAGGCAUUCAAGUUUACGGACGACGACGUCAUUGCUGCCGUGUAUCCAAAAUCAGGUACAAUCUGGAUGCAGGAAAUCCUCCCACUGUUGCUGAAUGGAGGGGAUCUGACCCCAAUCCACACCAUCCCUAACUGGGAUAGGGUCCCUUGGCUGGAGGAGAAAAGAUUAGCGUGUGUGGUGGAUAAGUUGCCUACUCCAAGGGCAAUGGUCACACAUUUCCCUUUCCGACUCAUGCCCCCAUCCUUCCACACCUCCAAAGCCAAGGUGAUCUAUGUCAUGAGAAACCCUAAGGACAACCUAGUGUCGUCAUACUACUUCCAUCAGAUGGCCAAAUUCCUUGAGGAUCCAGGGACCUUUGAUGAAUUCAUCGAUAAAUUCCUUGAUGGCAAAGUGUUGUUUGGAAAAUGGACCGACCAUGUGAAAAGCUGGAAAAAUGCAGAGUUGGGAGACAGAAUACUGUUCAUCACAUAUGAAGAAAUGUGUCAGGACCUCCCAGCAGCUCUCAGGCAGAUGUCCGAUUUCCUGGGCCGUAACCUGAGUGAAGACACUAUUCAGAAGAUAGCACAACAUUGCACCUUCAAGACGAUGAAGACAAACCGUAUGUCCAACUUCAGCCUGGUCCCCAAGCAGUACAUGGACUCCGAAAAAUCUCCCUUCCUCAGGAAAGGUGUUCCGGGUGACUGCAAAAACCAUUUCAGCUCGGAGCAACUGGCCAGAUUCACUUCAGCUAUUCGCAAAGACCUGCAAAGUGAGAGCUUCACUUUGCCUUACAACCUGGUUUAACAAUGAACUGGAGCAAAGAAUAACAUAUAACUUCCAGGUAUAUAGAACAACUAAUAGAAAACUACUGAUAAUUAAUUAAGAAUGAUUGUAUUUUACACAACCUGACCUUCUUCUUCUUCUUCUUCGUCUUCUUCUUACACAUUUAUAUCCUUUCAUUGAUACUGGGUGGUUGUUGCACUUUAGCAAUUUAGUGACAUUUCUUUAAGUAAUGAAACAUAAUUGUUAUAAUCGGUGUAGGGUUUCAAUUUUUAAAUGAACUAUUACUGAAUUAUAACUUGAUUGAUAUGCAUCCCUUCAGUUUCUUGUAUUAGUUUGUGUAAAGCAUGCUUACUUUAGCCUAAAUAAAGUAAAGGAACAUUUGAA